AUGUCGGCAGCCAACCUGGCGAUGAUCUUCUCGCCUAAUCUUCUGCGAACAGAGAAGGAGGAACUGUCGCAGAUCAUGAUGGAAGCUGGCUACCUGACCAGCGUUGUAAAGUUGAUGAUCGAGGAGAUUGACUACAUGACCAACAAAACCGACCAACCGGCGACAGUCAAGAUGUCGGGGGGCUCACAGAUUGUCAUGCCCAAGGCGGACCUGAUACCGCUGGCUGAGAUGCAGAGGCGAAUGUCGCUGCAUGGCAGUUCGAGCGAGAUCAGAACGUUCCUCGAGACUCAGGCCGCGGAGCAGCAGCAGCAGACGGAGGGUGCGAGCGAGGACGGUAAGGGAGACAAGGAAGAGGAGAAGGCCAAGAAGUUGGCCGGCGACGAAAGCGGUUCGCCGCCGGAGAUCUCGGCCAGCGAGCUGAAGAAGAAGGAACUGGAGGACAUCAAGCAGAAGGUCAAAGAGAAGGAGGAUCUCCUCAAGCACCUGCGAGAGCAACUCGACGAGGACAGCGACGAAGACGAGGUGGAUGCCGGCGGCGAGGGCAGCGAAGGCGAGGGCAAGAGCGACGGCGAAGGUGGCGAGGGAGGCGCCAGCAAGGCCAAGACGAGUACGGACGAAGAGGCCGACAGCAAGGCCAAGAACGACAACGAGGCCCACAGCAGCAAGAUCACGUCGUCCACCCUUCUACUUGACGAGUUUGGAGGCAGGUGA